AUUAAAUGUCAAAAUAAAUAGAGCACUGCUCAAGUGCACAAUAUUAUUUAAUAUUUUAAAACGAAAAUAAAUUUUAUUUAAACUUUAUCAAUGCGAAUUUCAUCCUAAAUUGACUUUCCUACAACUGCAACAUUAAAAGAAUGGAAUUCAUAUUAUGUUAAGAAUAUAAGUUUUAUCUGUCGCUAAGAUUAAUCAUGAGUUCUAAAGCACAAUCGGCACCAGAGGUUUCAGUUUUACCUUCGAAAUAUUCGGAUGGACCUUUAGGUUUAGGUGAUCCAGAUGAUAGAAGCUUACGCAAAGUAGAAAUUGAGGUUUUAAUACCUAAACUUAUGAGAGAAAAAGCUAAAACUGUAAAAUGUGUCAAGGAAGUUGAGGAGUUCCAUAAUUGUGUUAAAGAUUCUUCUUUAUUAAUGGUAAUAAAGUGCAGAAAAGAAAACAAUGCAAUGAAAAGUUGCAUGGCUAGAUGGUAUGGAGAUGAAGAUUUCAAAAAAAUAUGCACAAAUGAAUAUUUAGAUGAAAGGAGUAGAUAUAGAAGCACAGGAAUAAAAAAACCAAUGAAACGAGCCUAGAAUUAACUAAGAACAGUUGUUAGUAUACCUAUAGGAUAAAAUAAAUUAAUUUAGCCUUCA